UUGUGGGUGGCGCAGCAUUAGCGGAGAGAGUAGCUGUGAGAGGCUUUCAAGUUUUCAAUGGGGACCUGCAUCUGCCCAAUCGAUGCCCAAUUUUUUGACCAAGUAGCCGCGCUUCUCACACCUCCAACUCUUCCCCAAAUCCAGGAAUACUUCGAAGUGCUUGAAGCUAAAAGACACUGCUCUGGCCUUAAAGUAAAGCCAGAUGCCAAGCAUGGGAAAGGUGUUCAUAGUGAGGUGAACUUUCAAGAGGAUGACCUUAUUUUGAAGGAUGAAAUGCUUGUUGGGGCCCAACAUUCAUCUAAUAAGAUUGAUUGCUUCGUGUGUAGCUUUUGCUUCCGAUUCAUUGGCUCGAUAGAGCUACAAAUAGGUAGAAAACUGUAUUUGCAAGAAUUGGGGGUCUCUGCAGUUGAUGGAUCUGGGUCAUCGGAUGGAAUAGGAUGUAAUACUUCGUCUGAGAAAACUCGCAUCCCACAAGAUACUAUCCAAUCAUUAAUGAAUAGCAACCUGCAGUUGCCUUAUUCAGAGAAUUUCCCUCUUCCUUUAGUUGUUCCAUGUCUGGGAGGAUGCAAAGAAGCUUAUUAUUGCAGCAAAUCUUGUGCGGAAGCUGACUGGGAUUCGUUCCAUUCUUUACUUUGUAUUGGGCAUGGAUCUUCAUCACCGAGUACAGAAGCACUCUUGAAAUUCGUGAAGCAUGCUAAUGAAACCAAUGAUAUUUUCAUUCUUGCUGCUAAGGUAAUUUCAUUUACAAUAUUGAGAUACAGAAAGUUGAAAGCAGCUCAUGUUCAAAGGGAGGGGAAGCAUGAUUCUUCUAAUCAAUUCGACAGUUGUAUCUUUCCUUUGCUUUUAGAGGCAUGGAAGUCAGUGUCCAUGGGAUUCAAGAGAAGGUGGUGGGACUGCAUUGCUCUACCAGAAGAUGUUGAUUCUUCUGAAAAAGUGGAAUUCAGAAUGCAAAUAAAAGACUUGGCAUUUGAGUCUCUGCAGCUUCUGAAAGAAGCCAUCUAUGACAAGGAAUGUGCGCCAUUAUUUUCGCUUGACAUCUAUGGUCAUAUUAUUGGCAUGUUUGAGCUGAAUAACCUUGAUUUGGUUGUAGCAUCUCCAGUGGAGGACUACUUUUUGUACAUUGAUGAUCUUCCAGUCUCUCAAAAGAAAGAAGUUGAAAACUUGACAAAACCUUUCCUUGAUGCUCUUGGUGAUGACUAUUCAAUUUCUUGCCAAGGUACUGCUUUUUUCCCUUUGCAGAGUUGUAUGAAUCAUUCCUGUAUUCCUAAUGCAAAGGCAUUCAAACGAGAAGAGAUGCUUAUGGAAGAAUGGUCCAGGACAAGGAUGGACAAGCUACUAUAGUUGCUUUGCGACCCAUUUUCAAGGGAGAAGAGGUAACUAUAUCGUACAUAGAUGAGGAUCUUCCCUACGACGAGAGGCAAGAAUUACUUGCUGACUAUGGCUUUAGAUGUAAAUGCCCUAGAUGCAUAGAAGAACAACUUUAAGACAAGUUAUACAUGCGCUAUCUUCAAGGAUCCUCAGUUAACCUUCGUACUUAGAGAAUCUGACCAUGUUCGGAGAAAAGUUUCCAUGCGCAAUCAAAUUCUUCAAAGAAAACUCUCCAGCAUCUAUCAGAGGAGAUAGCAUCCAAUAGGUAUAUAAUACGGAAACGUAACUUAGUUGAAAAAAUUUCAGUUGUGUUGGUUCUUGCGGACUCAGUUAAAAUGUCUUCAUUUGGUGCGUUUUGAUUCUACAAAGUUUUAAUUUUAAGUUAAUGAUUGAUUGCCAAAAUAUGUAUCUUAGUACACUAGCUAUCAAGUAGUAUAAUAUGUAUUGAUUUCAUGAAGAUUUGAAUAAAAUAAGU